ACAAAGACAUUGGAUUCCUGUUCUGUAGUGCAGAAUAACUGAGAGGAACCGCCUGAGACUGUCACUCAUACUCAGCACGCUUGACAGACAACUGUUAGGAUGGGGAAUAGUGCAUUAAAAGCCCACCUGGAGACAGCACAGAAAACUGGUGUGUUUCAGCUAACUGGAAAGGGGCUUACAGAGUUUCCUGAAGAUCUGCAGAAGCUUACAAGCAACUUAAGGACAAUAGACUUGUCGAACAACAAAAUAGAGCUCUUGCCGCCACUCAUUGGAAAAUUUUCCUUGUUGAAGAGCCUUGCUCUAAACAACAACAAACUGACUGCUUUACCUGAGGAGCUGUGUAAACUGAAAAAACUGGAAACACUACACUUGAAUGGCAAUCACUUGAGGCAGCUGCCGGCUGCAUUUGGACAGCUUGCAGCUCUCAAAACCCUGAGCCUUUCUGGAAACCAGCUUCGGACUGUGCCUACGCAACUCUGUGGUCUUCGCCACUUGGAUGUGGUAGAUCUUUCCAAAAACCAGAUCCAAAACGUGCCCGACAGCGUGGGAGAAUUGCAGGCUAUUGAACUCAAUUUGAAUCAGAAUCAGAUUUCCCAGAUCUCAGUACAAAUCUCCCACUGUCCCCGCCUCAAAGUGUUGCGUUUAGAAGAAAACUGUCUAGAACUCAGCAUGCUUCCUCAGAGUAUCCUCAGUGAUUCCCAGAUCUCACUGCUUGCAGUAGAAGGCAACCUCUUUGAAAUCAAGAAACUCAGAGAACUGGAAGGUUAUGACAAGUACAUGGAACGAUUUACAGCUACAAAGAAGAAGUUUGCGUGAUCAUUAUUCAGACCCUGUGUAUUGCCAGUAGAAGAGUUAGUGUCUGAAGCACCUGCUUCACUAACUUAAACCAAGGCUGAUGGAGAGUACUCCUCCUCUAGUAGUCUCAUAUGGUCUGUUAAGGCCACAUUGAAUAAACUUGAACUAGAGAACAUGGGUAUUGAACUGAGGAACCUGCCCAGGGGCCAGUUUUGGGUUUUUUGUGCCAGUUUAGCUUUUACCACACUACAUGUUCUCCUUUGUCAGGGCUUGUUCUUUCACAGAGAAAGGG